AUGGCUAACACUAAUAUAUUUUAUUUGCGGGACUACCGCCAGCGUAGGAACGGAGCUCCACAGCUAGUCUCAUCAGCCGGUUACCCAGUAGAGAAGCACCGUGUAACCACGUCAGAUGGUUACAUCCUGCAACUGCACAGGAUACCGGCGGGCAAGAGAAUAGCCAGGAAGGCGUACAGCGCAAAGGGCAAGAAAGCUGUACUCAUCGGCCAUGGUCUGCUCGGGAGCAGCGGCGACUUCGUCAUCAUGGGACCAGAAAAAAGUUUAGCGUAUAUGUUGGCGGACGCUGGCUAUGACGUUUGGCUCGCAAAUUUCCGCGGCAACAUAUACACCUCUCACAGAAACUACACGAGGAAUGAUCCUAAAUUUUGGGAAUACAGUUUCCAUGAACACGGUAAAUACGAUCUACCGGCGUGUAUAGACAAAGUCCUCAACGUGACCGGUCUUCCCAAACUCUUCUACAUCGGAUAUUCGAUGGGAACCACAACUUUCUUCGUGAUGGCGUCAGAAAAACCCGAAUACAAUGAUAAAGUCAUAACGUUUCUUGCUUUAGCGCCAGCCGUGUAUUUAUCACAUUUGAAGGGUAUUGUCGAAUUCUUACUCAAGAAUAUUAAUAUUUUGGAGCGACUGAAAAAUCGAGGACUGCUCUCGAUCAACGUCAAGCGAGACAUUUUAGACGUCUUCAUCAAGAAUAUGUGCUAUUCCAAGAAAUCGAAAGACAACGUCUGUAUGAGCUUCGUUUACUUGGUCGUUGGCGAAGAUGAUGAACAAUAUGACCAGGAAGUAACCGCGCUAAUUUUAUCAAGAAUUCAACCGGCUUCGUUCCGACAAGUUGAACAUUUUGGAAAAAUUGCUAUGACAGACGUGUUUACAUCAUGGGAGGACGGGUUAUGGGGUGCCGUGAAACCUUACAACCUGGACAAUGUAAGGGUACCCGUCACCUUGCUGUACGGGAUGAACGAUCAGUUAACGGAGAAAUCUCAAAUCAAACGCCUAGCCGAUAAGCUAAAUGCAACCGGAGUGCUCGAAGACUUUCGUCCGGCGUGUUCCUGGCAUAAGUUCAACCAUCUCGACUUUACCUUCGCCUUGGACGUCGGAACAAUAUUCAAUAAGCCCCUCGUUAAAACUGUCGAUGCACUCUAUGAUAAAUACGGGUCUCAUGAAGAAUUGUAAAUUUUGAAACUUUAAGAAUUUAUGUAACUUUUGAAAUAAUUUAAAAAUUUAGGUAAUUAU